AUGGAAGCCAAGCGCUUGACAGUGGCGCUUUGCGGACAUGUGGACUCAGGGAAGACCUCACUUGCUGGAACCCUACUCUACAUGCUUGGAAGGAAAGACCUGGUGCCAUGCCUUGCUACCCCGGAAGAGCAUCUUAGAGGAAUCACCAUCACUUGCAAGAGGCAUGAGUUCUUCACGGACAAAUGGAACUACACGCUAGUGGAUUGUUCGGGUCAUCGCGAUUUCAUCAAGAAUAUGUUAAUGGGUGCCUCACAAGCGGAGGCUGCUAUCCUGUUGGUUCCUGCUGACGGAAGCUUCACUAGCUCAGUGCAGCCAAGUAGCAGGGAAUACAUUGAAGGCGGAACGCGACAACAUGGCCGGUUGUUGAGACUCUUGGGUAUACAACAGAUGUGCGUUGUGGUAAACAAGAUGGAUUGUGACCUCUUUUACGGAAGCGGCCGAGCACGGGAAGAGCGGUUUAAUGAGAUCAGGAGCGAAGUGAAGCGCUUGCUGGCAAAGGUCGGAUGGCCCAAAGGAGUAGUCGAAACUUCCAUUCCCAUCCUGCCACUCUGUAGCCACACGGGCGACAAUGUGAUCGCUGCAUCAAGCAACAUGGCUUGGUGGCCAGGACAGGAGUUGCAGAUAGGCCAGGAGACCAUUCAUGUGAAGACUUUGUACGAUGUUUUGAAUCAAGUGUUCCGGCCGAAGCAGAGCUCUCAAGCAGAGCUCCAGCCUUUGCGGAUGUCAAUCUCCAACGUGUAUUGCACACCACGAGAUCGUACCAAGAUCGUGGCUGGCCGCGUAGAGCAAGGGUGCCUUCAAGCAGGUGAGGAAAUCAGGCUUCUGCCAGAAGAUGGAGAUGAGAGUGAGGCCACUGUGGAUAGCAUUCAAAUGUUUUCUCAAGCACGAGACUCCGCCACAGAAGGUGACCUCGUGGGCCUGAAGCUUGCAGGCUUGGGAAGAAAACCUUGA